ACAUGUCAAAGGUUACUUUCCCAAGGUGGUGACCGCACGUUGGUGUCUUUCCGAGAAGAAGGAAGAUUGAAGGGCCUCUAAUCGUCUUCUCCCAUCUCUGACACAAGGAAGUCGCUUUUCCUGGUGACUACCUUCUUCAAAUCACUGAGCCAUCUUCAGCAAACAUGCCCAAAGAAGAAAAACUUGAACCUGAAGACGACGCCACGAUGGAAAAACCCAGAAUCAGCAUUCCUGUGUACAUCCUUGUUUGUUUGUUUGGUGUCGGGUCCUGGAUCGACAUCAACGGCCUGUGGGUGGAGCUGCCAAUCAUCGUGCAGCACGCCCCCGAGGGGUGGAGCCUCCCCUCCUACAUGGCCGUCAUCAUCCAGCUGGCCAACAUCGGACCAAUCGCCGUCACCCUGGCCAAUGUGUUCUGUGGGAGGAGAGUCAGCAAUAAGGUUGUGAUCUACAUCAUCGUCACAGUCGGAGCGAUGUCGUGCUUCCUACUGCCGUUCUUUUGGAAGCACACCAGCGUCGUGGCGGGCGCCAACCACAGCACAGCGCUGCUAACCCUCACAUUCCUCCUGGCCUUUGUGGACUGCACCUCCUCUGUCACUUUCCUACCCUUCAUGACGCUCUUCUCUGGUCCCUACCUCACGUCAUACUUCAUCGGGGAAGGGAUGAGCGGACUCCUUCCCAGUUUGGUCGCGCUGGGGCAGGGAGUCGGGGGAAACCCGGAAUGUCACAACGUUUCGUACACCAACUCUACAGUCGUCAAUGGAACCGUGAGGAACUUUACUGAGUAUCACAACGUUUAUGUCACCAAAGAUCCUAACUUCCCAGUAGAGGACUUCUUCUGGUUCCUGUUCACCAUGAUGCUGGUGUGCGGGAUUGCGUUCGUCAUGCUCAACUACCUCCCAGUGGCCAGGAAAGAGCACAUCAGGACUGCAGAGGCUUCAGUGUACAAAGCUGUCCCUAACAGUGAGAAUGGAUACAGCACCUGCGGUGAUUGUGUCGAGAUGGGGUCCACUAAGACUGACAGCUCCUCCAACACUCCUACCUCAAGCGAGAGAGACAUCGACGUUCUGAUAACCAAGAAGAAGGGGCUGUCACGAGGAGGGUACAUCUACCUGCUGUAUGUCCAGGCCUGGGUCAACGCCCUCAGUAACGGCGUCCUCCCCUCCAUCCAGUCCUACUCUUGUCUCCCGUACGGAAACACCGCCUACCAUCUGGCCGUCACCCUGGGUAACAUGGCCAACCCGCUGGCCUGUUUCAUCUCCUUCUUCCUCCCCACCACGUCCUUCCUGCUGGUGGGGGUGCUGUCGCUGGCAGGAACGGCGGUGGGAGCGUACAUCCUGGCUCUUGCAGCCAUGAGCCCAACCCCUGUACUACUAGGGACAACUGGAGGAGUCUUCUUGGUGGUACUUGCAUGGAUCUCAGUAGUUGGGCUCUUCUCCUACGUGAAGGUGACCAUCGGGUCCAUUUUCCGUGAGGAAGGACAGAGGGCGCUGCUGUGGUGUGGAGCAGUCAUGCAGGCCGGAUCCUGUGUCGGCGCCUUCGUCACCUUCCUGUUCGUCAACGUGUUUCCCAUGUUCCAACAGAAUGACCCUUGUGACCUUUAACGUUUCUGAUGCAGUAGUUUCUUUGGGCUGUUCCAAAUUUUUCCUGGGAGGGGGUGUACUGAAAUUGUGAUUGGUCUUUCUUUCACUUAAUCCAAUACUUUAUUUUUAGAUAGGCUUAUCAUGUUUAAAAAAAUUUACUCUCUUCAAUAUUUCGUUAGACUGAUUAAAUCUUGCUUAUAGCAGCCUGCCCAAAAUCCGGCCUCUGUGGGGAGGCGCCAGUUACAGCCCUGGACAGCAGAGUUUGUGUCAUACAGACAUCAAGCUUUAACUUAAAAAAGUUUUAAGUAUUUUCCCCACUGCCUUUCUUGGAAAAUGUUUUGAACAGCCCUUUAUCUAUAGUCAGAAGGAACUUACUGCAAGUCUUUUGCAGUGGUUUUAUUUUCACAGUGCAUGACACAAAGAAUAUGUCUCAGAGUCCCUAUUCUAAAGAAAUUCUUUUUUCACUUACCGCACUAAUCUUGCACCAAAGGAGAUCCAAACAAGACAAACAAAACCCAAAAAAUAGAACCACUGCAAAAGUAGAUGCAAUUACUGUAAAUUACUUUUGAGAUAUUCGUAGACUCUAUAUUUUGACGUUGGUGUUGAGAACUUGAGCCAAAGUGGAAAAGAGAUUAAAAAUUUGUAGCUUUAUUAAAAUGUAGAUUAGAAAAGCAUUUCACCAUGUUUUGCUUAGAGUUAUGCUAUUUUAGUAUUGGUGCUGUGAGAAAAGGUGACACACAUGGAUGUGUAUUUUGUUGUAAACUUUCAGGAGCUGCCACAAUAUCAAGCAUAUUGAAUGUAUAUUUUCAGAAAUAGAUUCAACAGAAUCAUGGUAAUAUAUGACAAAGUCUUGUGUGUUCAGAGUCUUGAUAUUUUGAAUUUUGAAUAUUUUGUAAGGAUGGAGAAACUACCUGUGCCAGAGCAACUGCUACAUGUCAUAAACCAUGACAAUCAUGGCAUCAUAAAUUCAUCAUUACACACUUAUGUUGUCAAGUACAGGGCUCCCUUGGAAAUCAGUCAUCUAGACUGAAGGGACGACCCUUUAAGAUCAAUAAAUAAAUAAAUAAAUAAAGUACAUCGGUAGUGAAAUGUAUUUUUCAAUACCCUUGUUUAGAAAACCUGCCCAAAGUAAUCUCAUACAACAAGAGUUGUAUGGACAGAGUAUCAAUGAACGUCAUGUAUGUUUGGAAAUUUUGGAUUAUACAUAUUUGUAUAUUUUGUGAAGUAAGUCUGGACCAACUAGCUUUAAACAUAUCUUUAGUACUUUAUGAGUCACUAUUAGUAAAUGCCACAGAUGUGUUACAUAUUUAUGUAUACAUUUGCAUAUUUUAGAGAGUACUUAAAGUUUGAUAUUUCUACUGUGAUGAAUGGUAGUAUUUAUUGCACUGUCAUGCACAAGUAGGAACCAGUUCCUAGUGUUACUUUAAGCUUAAACUUUGUUAACUAGUACAUGUAUUUAAGUGGUGUGAAAUGAUGGGCUGAUGCCAUGUUGUAAGCAAGGAGGUUAAAAUUAACCUCCUUGUUGUAAGUGAUUAGGAAAGGCUUGUUUCAGCCAGCCUUCUUCGCGGCCUUUCAUGAGCACUGUAGGUUAUUGUUGGGGGAGCACUGAUUCGCGAUUUUCAACAUAUGGGAAGGUCUUGUUGGCGCUUUGUGUCAUAAGAACCAUGCCAAUGUGUUUAGAAAAAUGUGAAUCUGUGUUCCUCCCAAUAGUAACUGUUAACGUUCAUGGAAAACUGCGAAGGAGGAUCUAGGAUUUGUGUCAGCUUUGUUUGGACAUGUCUGAAAUGAUGUUACAAAGCACGUGUAGUUUUUCAAGUGGUUUAUUCUUCUGGAAGAUAAUUUCAGGUCUCCCUUUAUGAAACACAGAAUACCAAUGACACCGAAUGUCAUUGAGCUUUAGAGUAGUUACAAUGCAUCUGUAAGAAUGGUGCAUUCAAUGGAUUUACUGUGAUGAUCUUGCAUGACAUUUCUCAAAAUGUUAUUUUUGUGGUGCAAUUAGUACAGAUGUUUUGCAGUAUCUUUCAGUGCAUUAGAAUGGAAGCUGCUUUAGACUGAAUGGAAAUUAGGACGAACCACCUGUUGCUUUACUUCAAUGAUUCAGGAAAUAAAUGUGUGCCUCCUACUCCA